AUGAGUUCGAGGCUUGACCUCUCCUCGGCGAUGGAAUGCCCAAAUGCUAACAAACCCAUUAUCAAACCCAACUCAAACAUAUCCGAAAUCGUCUCCAAGUUCACCAAAGUUUGUAAAUUGAAAUCCAUUGGUGUCUUCUCCUCUGAAAUCCCCAAUCUCCCUCACUUGCACAAACCCAUCUUCAAUGAUGCUCCUUUGAGUGAAAUCAGCAGUAAUGGUAGCAGUGAUGGUCCAAGUGAGGAAAAGACUAAAAGCCACGUUGGGAAAGUUCAUCCUCAUCCCAUUGAAGUUCCGGCGAAAGAGGAUGAUAAUGCUCGUGUUAGUGUUGAGUUCAUGAAGAUAUUCGACGCAGUUUCAGCCCUGAAACUAGCAUAUCUCCAGCUUCAGCAAGCUCACAUCCCCUAUGAUCCGCACAAGAUUGUUGCUGCUGAUGAUAAAGUAGUUGCUGAGCUCGAGAAGCUAUGUAAGUUCAAGCGCGAUUAUAAGCAGAGACAAUACAGAAAAGCACGAUUCAACUUGUCGCAGCGUUCUCGUCUCCUACGGGCUGAAAUGAAGGCCAAAGAGGCGUUGCUUGGGAAGCUGAAAUCUCAAAAUAGUGCCAAAGACUCUGAGAUUCUCCGUUUAAGGCAGGAGCUUCAAGAUUUGGAGAUGGGGAAUAAAGCAAUGGCAGAGAAGAUCAAGCGGAUCGAUCUUGAGAAGAGGAAAGCGAGCGUUUUGACUGUUGCUAAUUUCCAAGAUGUUUUCAAGGCGGCUUCAAAGUGCAUUCAUGAUUUCGCUAAACCUUUGAUCAGUUUGAUGAAAGCUUCAGGGUGGGACCUUGAUUUGGCCGCCAAGUGGAUUGAAAAUGAAGCCGUUUACGCCAAAAGAUCUGACAAGAAGUACACUUUCGAGGCCUACAUUGCUCGCAGGAUGUUUCAUGGGAUUCGCUUAACGUCUUACAAUGUGGGGGAUGUCAUGAGGUUUAAAGACCCGAUUGAUGCGCUGAUGGAGAAUCCUGAUUCAGAGUUUGCCAAAUUCUGUCGAACUAAGUAUCUUCUGGUCAUUCAUCCGACAAUGGAAGAAAGAUUCUUUGGGAAUUUAGAUCACCGGACAUUCAUACUGGGCGGCAAACAUCCUAGGACGGAGUUCUAUCAAUUGUUUGCCAAAAUGGCAAAAUGGAUUUGGGUCUUGCAAGGUUCUGCUAGACAAAUAGAUCCUGAUGCAACCUUGUUCUCUGUGAACAGAGGAAGCAAGUUCUGCAGCUUGUACAUGGAAUCCGUGGAGGAAGAAGGGAAUAUCGCGGUUGGAUCUGAUGGAGAAAGAUCAAACUGCAAAGUUCAGUUCAUGAUCAUGCCUGGGUUCGGAAUUGGGCAGACGUUGGUGAAGUCAAGAGUUUAUGUCACAUCUUCGUAA